AUAGAUGAGAGCCUUCGCCAGGCGGGUGCCUCAACUUCUGCACCUCGCGGUUCCGCCCUCGAGCCCCUCCCCGCCCCACCCCUUGCUCACAACCUUCGCCGGAUUAUGCCAGCGCGGCGCGUUCUCCGAUGCCAUCGCCGCCAUGGCCUCGCUCGACGCCCUCGGCCUCUCGGCCGACUCCAUCUCCUACUCCAACCUCAUCAAACUCUGCGUCCGGCACCGCGCCGUCGAGCAAGGUCGGCUCGUGCAUCUCCACCUGACGUCAGGCUGCCGUGCUCCGGAGUUGUUCCUCUGCAACUCCCUGAUGGGCAUGUACGUCCGGUUCGGCCUCAUUGACGAGGCGCGGCAGGUGUUCGACGCUAUGCCUGUGAGAAAUGUGGUGUCUUGGACUACUAUGAUCUCGGCGCUGACCAAUCUCAAGCUGGAUGAAGAGGCUCUAAGGCUUCUGAAUUCGAUGCAAAGAGAAGGAAUUGCGCCUAAUAUGUAUACUUUCUCAUCGGUUCUCAGAGCUUGUCCCACUUCAGCGUCUCUCCGGUCGAUUCAUGGUUGUAUACUGAAGCAUGGCUUGGAGUCGGACGCCUUCGUGAGAAGCUCCCUGAUCGACGUCUACUCCAAAUUUGGUGACUUGGACUAUGGAUACAGGAUUUUUAACGAGACGGCCACUCCCGAUUUGGUGGUUUGGAAUUCCCUCAUCGGGUGCUUCGCGCAGGGUGGAGAUGGAUACAUGGCCAUCAACCUCUUCACCCAGAUGAAGAAAGCUGGGUUCUUUGCGGACCAAAGCACGCUAACUAGCGUUUUGAGAGCUUGCACAGGGAUGGUUCUGCUUGAGAUGGGGAGGCAAGUCCACGUCCAUGUACUCAAGUAUAACCGUGAUUUGAUUCUUAGCAAUGCGCUACUAGAUAUGUACUGCAAGUGUGGGGAUUUAGAGGAAGCACACGAGGUGUUCUGUCGAAUGCCAGAGAAGGAUGUGAUCUCGUGGAGCACCAUGAUCUCAGGCUUGGCACAACAUGGAAGAAGCAGUGAUGCCUUGACGCUUUUCGAGUCCAUGAAGGUCUUUGGCCCCAAACCCAACCAUAUCACCAUUCUCGGCGUUCUCUUUGCCUGUAGCCAUGCUGGUCUUCUGGAAGAUGGUUGGCUCUAUUUUAGAUCAAUGAGGCAGCUUUGGGAUAUAGAGCCGGGAAGGGAGCAUUAUGGUUGCAUGGUCGAUCUACUAGGAAGAGCUGGGAAGCUGGAUGAGGCUGUGAAGUUCAUUGCGGAUAUGAAUUUCGAACCCGAUAUAGUCAUCUGGAGAACACUCCUCGGAGCUUGCAGAGUGCACAAGAAUGCAAAUUUAGCAGCAUAUGCAGCUAACCAGGUUCUGAGAUUGGAACCUGAGGACGAAGGCUCGCACAUACUUCUGUCGAACAUCUACGCGGACUCUCACCAAUGGACUGAAGCGGAGCAAGUGCGAAUGUCCAUGAGAGACCGUCGAGUGAAGAAAGAACCAGGCCGCAGCUGGAUUGAAUUAGGCAAGAUAAUCCAUGUGUUUGUUGCGGGAGACAUGUCGCACCCACAAGCAGACGGCAUUGCAAAGGAGCUAAGCAAACUGCUUAGAAGAACAACCACUUUGGGAUACAUUCCGGACACAGAUUUUGUGCUGCAUGAUGUAGGAGAAGAGCAGAAGGAAGAAUCGCUUCGGUAUCACAGCGAGAAGUUAGCAAUUGCAUUCGGAGUGAUGAACUCGAGCGGAGUUAAGCCGAUCAGGAUAAUGAAGAACUUGAGGAUUUGCGGCGAUUGUCACGCUUUCGCAAAGCUCGUUGCCAAGUCGGAGAGGGUGACCAUCAUAAUCAGGGAUCAUGUUCGGUUUCACCACUUCAAGGAUGGAGUUUGUUCAUGUGGAGAUUAUUGGUGAUGGCAUUUCCAUCGAUAGAGCAGCAAAAGAGCUCUUCUGUAAUAGCUACUGUGACCACUGAUCGAGGUGCGAUAAAUAAAUCCUGACACGUUUAACGCA